AUCGGGCGCUGCCAAGACGGGACCAGGGUUCGGACGUGCCAAGAAACAGCGCGUACUCCAGGUCUCUCCUCCUCCUCGCCCGCCGCUCUUACACAGACCAAUGCCAGGCGAAAUAUCUGCCAAUGAGCUGCAGCAGCUCAAUAGUUGCAGCCUCGACGCCUGUUGUCCGCGGCCUGGGGCUCAACCUGUAAGCGACUGCGUGGUCCUCCGCCCGGGCGACCUGGUCCAAGGCAGCGGCAGCGGCAGUGGCGACAGCGGCAGCGCCUACGACGGCGACAGCAUGGACCUGAUGGCGACAGCAGGCCAGGCGGAGCAAGCAGCCACAGGUGGACAAGCAAAUGGUGGUGAAGGACAGCUGGCGCUGAGCCGCUCCCGCGCCUCGUGGGCUCUGGCGGAGCUGGCCGCGCCGCCGCCGGAUGCCGGCGAGGUAGAGGCGCGGCGGGCGGCGCUGGCAGCUAGGCGCGCGGACGCUGAGCGCUUCCACUUCAGGGAGCUGUGGACGAAGGAUCCACACGGCGGGCCGUACAGGAAGGUGGUCCCCAAGGGCACGGCGGCGCUCGACGCCUCCGGCCCUGGCCACGGCCCUGGCUGCGGCGCCAUCGGCAUCAGCAGUGGCAGCGCGCGACACAAACAGCUGGCUGUAGCAGCGGCUGGGGGCGGCGGCGGCGGCGGCUACCGCGGCAGCAGCAGCGGCCCUGGGUACGAGGUGGUGCGGGUGGGGCCCACGACCAACUUCGUGGGGGACGCCAUGAGCACAGGCGCCGUGGACCUCGUGCUGGCUGAGCUUGAGGAGCUUCAGGCGCCCCCGCCGCGGCCUCUGGCCCUGCCCCCAGCUUCCUCUGCCCCGUCCGCCUUCCUCCUCCUGCCGCCGCCCCUGCAUCAGCCCGCGACGGCUGCAGAUCUGGAGCCCCUGGGUGGGGCGGCGGGCGGCACGUUGGCAGGGGUCCCGGGGGCGGCGCCACCGGCGGAGGCGUGGGCGGCCCUGGCGGCGCGACGGGGCCGGAACGGGGAGCCGAGCGCCGCAGAGCUUGUGGAGUUACGCCGGGCGGCGCGGCGGCUGCUUGGCCGCGGGUAGUGUCGCCUAUGCUGUAAGUAGAGAUGUAGAGUGAUGACAUGAGGAGUGGAGCGUCCUAUGGGAGCAAGCCUACUAGAGCUAGAGUAGGCCGACGGCGUUGCAGGUGGAGCGCCCCUGGGGUCCAGAGCAGGUUGAUCGCUUUCCACGUCACUGGCUUGUGAACUGAGUCAGCAAAUCCCACUUGUGACCAACGCAAUCAUGUGGUGGUGGUGCUUCUCGUGAUGGAACAUGGCAAGGGGCAGGAAAGCGUAGUCCCGAUGUGGUGGUGGUGCUUCUUGUAAUGUCGCAUUUUU